AUGGAGGGACUGGGGCUGCUGUCCAAGCUGCCUGUAGAGCAAUGUCCGCAGUUCCUUCACAAAGUUAUUGAUGGAAUUUGUGGCCGGGCGUAUCCUCGAUUUCAGGAUCAUGGCAAUGUCUGGAACCUGAGAGAAUGGCUGCAGGUUUUAGAAAAUACAGAAACAUUUAUUAAAUCCGUUGUUGGUAAAGAUGAACCUCAAAAGAAGUUGAAUUAUCAUCUAAAUGGAUUAACUGCAGAGCAUCAAGGGGCAAUAUUAACAUGUAUAAAGAGCAGAAAACCUGAAAUAAGAGAUGCCCUCCUGCAGAAAGUGUGUGCCAUGUCCUCAUCGUACCUACAAGAUUUUGAUUGGCAGCUCAAGCUUGCCAUGUCAAGUGAUAAGCUAUCCACAUUGCAAAUGCCACUUGUGAACCUUGAUCUGGAUAUUCUCAAAAAUAGAACAAUGACACCGAUUUCCAUUGAGAUGAAUAAAGAGGAGCUGCAGAAUCUUAUCAAUUCUUUAGAGGCAGCUAAUAAGGUAUUGUAUUCCUUUAUAACCUUUUUCUCAGUGAUUUUUUUUGGUUGCUUUUUUAAUGUGGAUGUGACAGUAGAUUCAGAGUAUGGUUGCAGUAUACAUUUUGUAUUGCAUAUCGUGAAGUGA